AUGAGACGAACACUGCUUUUCGCUCCUACUGCAGAUACUUUUCCCAACAGUUGCACCACCGUCACACUCUUCGAUGCCAACUUGAUCUGGGGAAAAGGGGAAAAACCCAUGGGACAUGCCUUUUUGGCCUUUUUCUCCUACAGCAAUUACUACAAAGAUGACAAAGGAGAGACUGGCUCACAGCGGACGUUGGACGUCCGAGUGAUGCUGCGCUCCAUUAGUGCAGGGAAGGAGAAUGCCAUGUGCUCUGGAUCCUUCCAGGUUCAGAAUGGCAGCUGCUUUGGCAUAAACACUGGGUCCAACCGAUACAAUGCGGAAGCCACCGAGCCCUUGCCUGCGCCGACCCUGGACGGGGAGCCCCCCUGGCCCAUUCCGGACUACAUCAAAACGCCCAGCAAGGCGGAUCAACUUGGCCCCCUGUGGAUCGCUCUUUGCGUCCUCUUGAUCUGCGCACGCUGCGCCUGCCGCUUCUACUUCCGCCGGCGGCGCGCCGCGGACGCGGAGAUCCAGCGCCACCUGGAGUCCGUCAUCGUCGAGAAGACCGGAGGUGCCAAGCCUGUGCAGGCGGGUUUGCCAGCCGUGUCCUUGGCAGCCAUCCUCAACAAGGUGCCGGGAGGCUCAGAGCGAAUGGCCAACGUCACACGGGGUCUCAGAGGCUCCGCUUCAAUGGCGGUGAGGAGCGCUGCCCCAAGCCGUCUUGACGGCGCCGCGCAGGCGGAUGCAGCCAUGGCGCAUGGAGCAGAGCGGAUGACACCAGAUGGCUGUGGGUGCCAUGACCGACCCGAUGUGUCCACCCAAAAGCGGAAGGAUAGGGCACCGAACCUGUUCCUGCAGGCACCGCCGUUGGAUCGGAAGGUUUGGUUGAAUGGUCAAUGCAUCCAACGCGUUAGGCAGUGCGCCAGAGGCCAAGACUUGGGCCGCAAAGGUGCUCAGAGGCUUGCUCGCGCUUUGCUACCGCAUCAAAGUCUUCGGGAAUUGAAUUUAGCCUGUACAAAGCUAACUGAUGCUGGCAUCGCCUACGUGGCGGGCGCGCUGCAGAGGAAUGUGUCGUUGGUGUCGGUGAACUUGCGGAACAACGAGCUGGGCGACGUGGGUACUGAGGCCCUGGCGUCCGCUUUGAGCUGCGCUUGGAAGGAGAAUGAGAGCUACCAGUUGGUAGAGCUGAACCUCAGCGGGAACCUCUUCAGCGACUUGGGGCUUCAGGCCUUUGGAGAGGUCCUGGGCAGUGGCUGUCCUUUGAAGCUGCUGGAGCUCUCACAUUUGAAGUGCCUGGGAUGA